AUUUGCCGAACCACUCCCUGCUGACUUUUCUUCUCUCUCACGACCUCGACCCUCGCACGUCGCCUCGGACAUGGACAAUCCGAAGGGACUCCGGUCUGCGAGGCAUCGUAGUCAGCGCUAGGCUCAGGGAGACUGCCCUUCAAGGGCGACAACAGUUGGCAACCUGCGUUGUUGUUGUCCCUGCGUAUCACUGUGCGCUGUUUGUAAUAUAUCCACACCUUGCAUGUGGUUGUCACCGUUGUGAUCGAUGGCCUUGCUCGGCCUUGUGAUCACCGAGGAACACGAGAGAAGCGGCGCAUUCACGGGAGCAUCCUGUGUGAAGAUGUCCAGUCAUCCUUCCUUCGCUCCAUCCAUUUAAGCCUCAUACCCACCAGCACUCACUUCAAUCACCCUGUCCUUCUCGGUUCACGUCCUCGACCACUGCUCUCUGAGAGUAAACGAGCUACAUUAUGGUCAACAUUACGAUCCUCGCGGGCGGCUACACGUCCUUCAUCGCGUCCUACGUGUUCAACACCGACACCGAGACGCUCACGUACCUCAACCAAUACCAGACCGGUGACAACCCGUCGUGGAUCAUCGGCCAUCCCACGAACGCGAGCAUACUUUACGCUGCGAACGAGGACACCCCGGGAGCAUUGCAAUCGUUCGUCGUCGGCGAUGACGGCGCUCUCACCACGGUCGACACCAUUUACUCUGGCGGCAACGGCCCACCGUACGUCGGCCCGCUGACAACAGGCCAAAUCGCCGUAGCAGACUACGGCUCCGGCCAAGCGAGCGUGAUCGCGACGCAGGCCGACGGGCUGCACUUUGUGAACGGCUCGAACACGAUUACGUUCCCGACGAAGGACUCGGGCCCGUACGCGGGCGUCUCGGAGCCGCAUAUGGCGCUGCAGGUCGGGGAGGAGGUGUUCGUGCCAGACCGCUCGGGCGAUACGAUCUGGCGUAUUGGGCAGGACGGCGACAGCGCCGGGCAGUGGUCGCUGCACGGCCAGAUUCAGCACCCGAACGGGACGGGGCCGCGGCACAUCCGCGUCGUCGACAACAUGCUUUACACCGUGCACGAGUUCGCGAGCACGCUGACGAUGCAGGCGGUUCCCUCCUACCCGAACGGCACCUCGGACAUCAUCGCCAACGUCUCCAUCAUCCCGCCCAACCCGCCCUCCGGCUCCUCCUUCGCCGGCGGCGAGCUUCUCGCGCCGCCACCCUCCACCGCGUUCCCGAAACAGUACUUCUACGCGAGCAACCGCAACCUCGGGACGCAGGACCCACGCGGGGACAGCAUCGCGAUCUUCGAGAACGACAACAACCAGCAGCUGACGCUCGUGCAGCAGGUGUACACCGGGCUGGACCAGAUUCGCGGGGUGAUGGUCGGGCCGAGCGAGGAUGGGGCGGACGCGUAUUUUGUUGCGGCGGGCGUGGCGGGGACGGCGGGCGUGAAGGUGUUUAAGCGCACGGACGGGGGUGCGAAUAUGACGCUUGUGGCGACGGAUACGACGUUGCCGACGAGGACGAGCUUUGUGCUUAUUCCGCAGGGGAAGUAGUUGUGUGGGCUGGGAUCGGGACAUUGUGACAUUGAUUCGGUUUGCAAUGCUGGCUAUCUAGUAUACAUGAUACGAGUGAUAUGAAGUUUCAUAUUAUCAUUCUGGAACGCUGGUUCU